GUGCUGGUGGCCAGAGAGCCUUGUGACAUCAGGGAGCCCUGGCCUGGCUGAGGGUGUCUAAGGGGCGCAGAGCCCUGGCGUGCCCAGUCACAGGAGAGCCGCUCUCUGUGCAGGAAGCAGCUCCCUGUGUCUGUCUGCACUGGAGAACAAUGGAAAUUACUGAGAAAAUGAAUAAGGAGAAGGGGAACCCCAACUCCCAGCCUGCCCAAGGCCAACUGUUGAGCAUGCAGGGGAGGAUGAGAGUGAGGGGUGAGGCAGAAAGGAGAGGCCAGUGCAGGGACAGGGCCGCGACCUUUGCCCUGCCAAAGGAGCCAUCUCCAUCCCACGCCUCCUCAUCCUCAUUCUCCUACUACUCCUCGCUGAUGCCCAUCAAGCUGCCACCAGUGCACCUGGGGCAGCCAAAGGUAGGACCCAGAAAGCCCAAACACCUCAAGGUCCCACAGGUGCAGCUCAGGCAGCCACAGGCAGUGCCACAGGACAGCUGGAGCCAGGCCCUGCCCCUCUGUGGGGACAGACUGCCGCCACUGCCACAUCUGCCAGUGCUGUCACCGCUGACACCACUGCCCUGCCAGGUGAGCCCCAGGGAUGCUCAGAGCCGGGGCACAGAGCUGCAGAGCACAGGGGAGAAGAAGCCCCAGCCCUGCAGCCCAAGUGCUUGGCAGCCAUACACCCCCGUGCCCAGGGUGUUCUUGCCCCCACUCUGGGCGGCCCAGGAGGGCACAGCCCGUGUGUCCCCGAGCUGGCAGCUGCUGCCUGUGCUGCCCAUCCCCUCGGGGGCUCGAGCCAUGGAGCGCAGCCUCACAGGCAUGGCGCUGGAAAGACAGAAUAAUGACAACGAGCUGUCUCACGGGGAAAAUGGCAGUGAUAAGGAGCUGUCCCCAAAGAGAGAAUGCAUUGAGUUCUUCCGAGGGGACAGCAAGAGUGACCAGGAGCUGUCCCCGGUUGAAGAUGACAGUGAGCUCUUUCCAGUGGACAGCACAAGCGACCAGGAGCUGUCCCCAGUGGAAGAGGCCAUGGUGGUGGUUUCAGGGGACAGCACAAGCGACCAGGAGCUGUCCCCAGUGGAAGAGGCCAUGGUGGUGGUUUCAGGGGACGGCCCAACUGAUGAAGAGCUGUCCAAAGUGGAAGAAACCGGCGAGGUUGAUCCAGAGGACAGCACAAGUGACCGUGAGCUGUCCAAAUUGGAAGAGGCCAUCAAGCCCUUCCCAGGGGAAAACAGCAAUGAUGAGAAGCUGUCCCCAGUGGAAGGUGACAAUGAAUUCUCUCAAGGGGACAGCAAGAGUUACAAGGAGCUGUCCCUGGGUGAAGAGAAACCUGAGAAAGAGCUGUCCCCAGGGCUGAGUGACAGUGACAAAGAGCUGUCCCAAGGGGUUAACUAUGAGGAUGAGAGGCUUUCCCCAGCAGAUGUCAAACACAAGACAGAGCUGUGGUUUGGGGAAGACUAUGGUGUCUUAGCCAUGUCCCCAUGGGAAGAGAAUGACAACAAACGGCUCUCCCAUUGGGAAGAACAAAAGGAUGAAGAGCUCUGCAGUUGGGAACAAGAGGAGGAUGAAGAGCUCUCCCAUUGGGAAGAACACAAGGAUGAAGAACUCUCCUACUGGGAAGAAUGUGAGGAUGAAGAGCUGACAAGGAGGGCCCUGCUCGGUGGUAUGGACAGCAAUUCAAACUUAUCACCUAAACUCCCAGUGGAGAAAGUGUCAAGGCAUCAGAUGGUGCUGGAAUGGCUGGAAGCCCAUUUCCCCAACAAUUAUGGUGCUGAGGAGGAGGAAGAGAAAGAAGCUGACAGACAACAAGAACUGUCCCAUGUGAAAAAGUGCGAGGAGAAGGUGGAGGCCCACUGGCAGGAGCUGUUGGACUCAGUUUCAGCUCUUGAUUUCAAUGUCAGUGACAAUGUGCAUUCCAAAGGAGUCCCAGUGGUGUCUCAAGGGGACGAAGCCAUCCAGAACAACAUCUGGAACAAACCCUUGGGCUUGGUGGAUGACAAGGACCCCCGGGAAGGACCCAGCUGUUCCAGGCAAGUGGACACAGAGGUGGCAGCAAAGUCAGCCUGUGCUGAUGAGCCCAGUGCCUCUCCUGCCCUGUGGGGUCCCACAGGUGCCAAGCUGGCAGCUGCUGAGGAGGAGGAGCCCCCCAAGCCUCUCGGUCCAGAGGUGACAGAGGCACAGAGCCAGGGCUCUGAGAAACGUCCCUCCCACUUCAGGCGGGCACUGCAGGGGCCGUUCCGGUGUCCCUCUCUGCUGCGGGGGCCGAUCCGGUGUCCCUCUCUGGUGCGGGGGCCGUUCCGGUGUCCCUCUCUGGUGCGGAGGCCGUUCCGGUGUCCCUCUCUGUUGCGGGGGCCGUUCCGGUGUCCCUCUCUGUUGUGGAGGCCGUUCCGGUGUCCCUCUCUGUUGCGGAGGCCGUUCCGGUGUCCCUCUCUGUUGCGGGGGCCGUUCCGGUGUCCCUCUCUGCUGCGGGGGCCGUUCCGGUGUCCCAGUCUGGCGUUGGGGCUGUUCUGGUGUCCCUGCAUGGCGGCACAGCCGGAGGAGUAGCGCCUACACCAGCAGCAGGCCAGGCCUGGAGGUGGAGGCACAGCAGCACUUGGGCGGGACAAACGUCCCGGUUGUGGUUCCUGGAGGUCAGCGCAAGCCAGCACUGCAGGCGCAGGACUCAGGCCAAGAGGUGGCCAUGGACUAAGAGCACAAAGACCCCCAAAGCCACCGACCCUUUUCCAGAAGGGUCUGAAAGAACAGACUGUGCCAGAGGCCCAAUUUGCAUAGAGCUGGAUCAUUGCUGGAACCAGGAGUGACGUCCACUCAUCUGGAACCACGCUGGAUCCAAAGUGACAUCCUGUCAGCUGGAACCAUGCUGAAGCCAGAACUGAUGGCCCACCAGCUGGAACCAUGCUGGAGCCAGGAGUGAUGAUCUCUUUUCCCUUUUCUUUCCUUGUCUUUCUUUCUUCCAGUGUGUCCCUUUUUAAUUCAUCUUUUCCUUUCUCUCUGUCCUUUUACCCUUCCUUUUAUCCCAAACUCACUGCCAUGGGUUUUUAUUGUAGGUCAGGGAUUAAUGUAGCAGUUGUGUAGUAAUAAGGCAAAUUAACAAAAUAUUAAUACAUUGCUAAAAAUAAUGUUGAAGUGUUUGACAAAAGCUUUUGAUUACUUUGUGGAUGCUCUGGCUUUUAUUGUUGCUUUUGUCCUUGAGCAUUUAUGAUUCUUGGGUGCUUCCUUCCCCUUAUGGGUGGGUGAUCACAACACUUUUAUAAAAAAUGCUGCUUUUUCCAAUUGUGCUUGUCUGUGCCUGGUCCGCCUCGAGAGUGAGGCAGGUGCUGGCAGCAUAAAUAGUCAUGGAAUCAUGGAAUACCCUGAGCUGAAGGGACCCCCAGGGAUCCCCCAGUCCCAGACCCCACCAAGCCCAGCCUGGGCAUCCCUGGCAGCGCUGGCCAAAGGCUCCUGGAGCUCUGGCAGCCUCGGGGCCGUGCCCAUUCCCUGGGCAGCCUGGGCAGUGCCAGCACCCUCUGGGGAAGAACCUUGCCCUAAAAUCCAACCUAAACUCCUCCUGGGCCAGCCCCAGGCACUCCCUGGGUGCUGUCCCUGUGCCAGAGCAGAGAUCAGAGCUUAAAGGAAGAGUGACUCAUCUGCAGAUUUCCUGACUCUAUCUCCCUCCAGCACUUCUCAGAAAUGUGACAGCACACAGGUAAACUUUAAAAAGUUAUUCUUGCAUCAUCUGCAUUUAUUCUUGCAUCAUUCACUUGCACAAGCCCAGUCUCAGCUGUGACAUUGCACCAGCUGUGCCACCAAGCUGGAGCAGCACCAGCCCUCACACAGGGGGACACAGUUUAGGGACUCUUGUUUAGUUAUAGCUUGUCUUUAAAUAGAAUUGUUUAACCAGGAGGGACUGAGGAAACAAGACAUUCACAGCAACUGAAGUCAGUUAAAAUUGCGUUAUGGGAAACAGCACUGCCUGAUGCAUACCUGUUACAAAUGCCUUAGAAACCAAAAGGAGCCAUCUUUACAGUACUGAGGAACAGUUAAAUGUGCCAUAAAUGAACAAUACAAAUUGCAUUUUCUUGAAAGAAAGGGUAACUUUAUCUUCUAUUGCCAGACAAUUUUUUAUAAUGCCUUCAUAAUUUUUGGGAUCAUACAAAUUCUACAGACGGUAGAAUUUUUCUCUGGUUUUCUUAAAAGAGAAAAAGAAAAGAAAAUGAAUCCAUACCAUUUGUUUGGAAAAAAGCAAAAUGUGCACUAAAAAGCCAGGCUGAGAUGGGGAAGAGGGAGCAGCACCUCUCAGAGGGUGGGCAGGCCCUGGCACAGGUGCCCAGAGCAGCUGGGGCUGCCCCUGGAUCCCUGGCAGUGCCCAAGGCCAGGCUGGACACUGGGGCUGGAGCAGCCUGGCACAGUGGGAGGUGUCCCUGCCAUGGCAGGGGUGGCACUGGGUGGGAUUUAUGGACCCCCCAGAGCAUCCUGUGAUUCCCUGAAGAGCAGGGCUGGAGACAGGGCCAGGCCCCUGGCCCAGCGCUCAGGUCCCACACCCAGCCUUCUCUUCCUCCUGUGUCACACCACAGUCCCCUUCCCAUGGAGCAGCUCCUGGAGCUGGGAUGGAUUUCCCUGGCCAUCCAUCACCCUUCAGACACCCAGCCACUUCUGGGGGAUGGAGGGAGGGCAGAGCUCCUGCUGCUCACCAAGCCCUGACCUUUCAGCUCUGUCCCUAUUUCUUCUCUCUCCCCCUCUCCUGUGCUCAGGGCAGGGGCAGGAGCUGGACCCAGGGGCUGACGGGGGCUUGGAGGAAGCCCCAGUUCCCUUUGCUUGCACAGCACUGACAGAUGCCAGAACUGGUCCCUAAAUCCAGGGACAGUGACACUUUGGCAGCUCUACAGGCAGCCAAGGAACUGACCCACGGUCACAGCAGAGCCUGUGACAACUCUACCAAGUAAUUAGGGCCGUUUAACAGACUCUCAGUGCAGUUCUUUAUUUUUUUAAUGAGAUCCUAAAUAUAUCCUCCUACAUACAGAAAAAUAAUUUCCUGAGGACACUGCUUCUUUUAAAAUAUUUAAAUUAACAAACAAAACCAGGUGCCUUUAAAUGCAUUUCUGUGAGAUUUACUCGGAAUUUGACAAUGACAAUAGAGCUGUGGUUUUGUACUGUAUGUACAAUAAUAAUAUAUCUAUAUUAUAUCUAGAAGCAUGUACUGCACUCUGGAUACAGCAAUAUGCACGUAGGACAGGAGUGGAGAGGCUGAACAAAGCAAGGGCAGAUGUGGAAUGUAUGCACAGAGCAAACCCUCAAAGCCAUUUCUCCUGGUUCCCAGCUUCUCCCUGUUUCAAGGGCUUUGACUGCUGGAUUUGAAUGAGCUGAGAUCUCACUGUGACAAGCAGAGCACUCUGCAACCAGGCACUGCUGUUGGAGUCAGAGUCUGGAGUUGUCACAUCUCAGUUUUGAAAAUGUAUGUAAGAAAAAACUCCAUUACCCACAAUGUUUCCUACCUCAAUCCUCCUCACACGUAACAAAAAGUGACUGAAUAAUUUUUAAAGGGUAAAAAAAUUGUAAAAUAAGCAUUGAAAAAGUGCCCUCAUAAAAACUCACAUUGAGAAAAUACUGAAUAAUUAAGUGCAUCUAGAAAAACCUGCUGCAGUCACUCAGCUCUUUGGCUCAGUAUCACCUCAGAGCCGGGCUCUGUCUCCCAGGUGCCCAAGUCCCCUCCCCAGCUCUGAGCAGCCUCUCCCAGCUUUCCAGCCUGGCUUUCCAUCAGCUCUGCCCUGGGCAGGCUCUCAGCAUUUCUGAGCCAAGGCCAGCCUGGGGUGGUUUUAUUUUACAGCACUUCCAAGUGCUCAGGCCUUGGCAGGGGCUGCCCAGGGAGCUCUGCAGUGCCCAUCCCUGCAGGUGUCCCCUGGAGGUGGCACUGAGUGCUCUGGGCUGGGCACAAGGUGGCCAUGGGGCUCAGCUGGCACUCCCUGGGCUGGGAGGGCUGUGCCAGCCCCAGGGAUUUGGGGAUUCUGUGUGACUCCAGGAAGCCCAGUUCUGUCUGGGAAGCAGCAGUGCAGAUGUGCCACCGAUCUCCAAGGGCAAUGACACUGUCACCAGGGCAUGGACACAGCCUGUCCUCCAUGCACAGGGACAGGACGAGCUUCUCCCUCAGCACUGGACUGAUUGUGAGGGAUUCAUUGGAUCUCUGUGAGCCCAACUGCAGCCUUUCCUCAUCAAGGUUUGGGUAACCCCUGCUGGCACUGGCAGUGCUCUGCCUCCAGGGGGACAGGGACAUCCCAAGUGAUGGGGCUGGGAAGGUGCUCGUGCUUGUUCUCUCACAAUUCCCCAAAAUGGGGCAAUCCUACAGGCUGCUACAGCACUUCCCUGGAAGGGUCCCAGGUUGGAUGGGGCUGGAGCAGCCUGGGACAGGGGGAGGUGUCCCUGUCCAUGGCAGGGGGGCACUGGCUGGGCUUUGAGGUCCCUUCCAACCCAAACCAUUCUGGGACAGGAUCCCCUGAGUGAAGGGUCCCCCACUUCCAGCCCCAAAUGAGCCUCAGGCAGGUGCAGCUCCUUGGGGCUCCCUCCAAGACCCUGCCCAAGGUUCCUGCAUUCCAGCCACGA